AUGCUCAUUAUCUUGACUCCUGAUCGGUGGAUCCGCUCGGAGCGGCAGCCGGAGAAGCAGCGCUGCUCUGCGGGUUUAUCUCUGCCGCUCACCGGGAGCCUGGAGCUGGAAGGAGCCGCCUUCGCUCUGCUGGUUGCAGCUUUCUGUCUCACGCUGCUGUUUCUCUACUUCUGGGGACAAGCUGAGAACGACUACAAUGACUUCGACUGGUGGCUCCUUGCUGUUUGUUUACUCUCCGAAGGCCAGAAGCUUCAUUUACACUGGAGCCACAAGGUUGGGAUCCUGAUCUGCCUGAUCUUCUCCAUCGUAGCCACUGCCGUCUUGUCUGACCUGUGGGGAGAAGAAUGGACAACGCUGCUGCUCUCCUUCCAGGUGACGGCGCCUUAUUUGCACCUUGGAAGCGUUCUGCUGAUGACAUCGUUGGCCUGGCCCAUAGCUUUGCAUAUUUUUCGCAUGAACGGCAGAGUUAUUAACACUGAGUUACUGCAGCAGGAAGUUAAGGUUCUGAUUCUGUUGGUCCUCGCUGUGCAGCUCGCUCCAGAAAACACACUGAUGUCCUUUGAGAAGGCGGUGGAAGCUGGAUGUGACGGCCUGGAGACAGACGUUGCUAUAAGUUAUGAUGGUGUGCCAUUCCUCAUGCAUGACCACAACCUCCAACGCACCACCAACAUCCAUGAGGUUUUUCCAAACCGGACCAACACCCCUGCUGCCAUGUUCACCUGGAGCGAGCUUGAGAGUCUGAACGCCGGUUCCUGGUUCCUGUCUGUGCUGUGGCUGCCCUCAGAUAUGAGGUCUCUGGUCCAUCAAACGGAUCCUGACCUCCAACAGACGUCUGGGAGUCGGCUCCCUCUAGAGGAACUGCAGCGUAACCACAUCGUCAAACUCAACCUGCCCUAUAGCUCCAUGUCAGCUGAACUCAUCAGUGAGUACUCGGCAGUAAACAUCACCACCAACCUGUAUGUGAUCAGCCAGCCGUGGCUCUACUCUCUAGCCUGGUGCUCGGGGGUCCAUUCGGUCACCACCAACGCUCCCCAGCUGCUUCGGACCCUCAAAUCCCCGCUUCUCCUUAUGAGUCCAGAAGAAUACAGACUGAUGUGGAUUCUCACUGAUGUCCUCUCCCUCCUGUUGGUCAUCAUAAUCUUCUACUUUCAUAGGUGGCGAGAACGGGCUUUCUGCUCAGAGGAAGAAAGGAAGCUGGAUAACAGCAGCUACAGCCAAAUAAAAACAGACUCUCAGUGGGAUUCAGGUGUGGGCUUUGACUAG